AUUUGCAAGUUUUUUACCCACUCUGUCUUAGUGAACAAGUUUGCAUUAUCUAUAAGUAGACCCUCCUCAGCCAAAACUACCACUAUCACACAUACACCAAAAUAAGGUUCGAAUACAUAUAUAUAUAUAUAGGUUCUCUCUCUCUCACACACACACACAUACAUAAUGUCUGAAGUGAAGGUGUUUGGAGCUUGGUUUAGCCCUUAUGUGAGGAGAGUGGAAAUGGCCCUGGAUUUGAAAGGCGUGGAAUAUGAAUUUAUUGAAGAAGAUCUUAAAAACAAAUCAGCUCUUCUUCUACAGUACAAUCCAGUGACGAAGUUAGUGCCGGUUUUGGUGCACAAUGGGAAACCCAUAUUUGAAUCGAGUGUGAUUCUUGAAUACAUCGAUGAGGUGUGGGAAGCUGAGGGUCCCUCUAUUCUGCCCAAACAUCCUUACCACCGUGCCAUGGCGCGUUUCUGGGCCAAGUUCCUUCAGGAGAAGUGCACGGAUCCUAUGUGGAAAGCGUUUUGGAGCGCGGGAGAGGAGAGGGAGAAGGCGAAGGGAGAAGCUGAAGAAUCGCUGAAGAUUCUAGAAAACGAAAUAAAGGGCAAGAAAUUCUUCGGAGGCGACAACAUCGGAUUCGUAGAUUUUGUUGGCAACUUUCUGGCCUUUUGGAUUCCGAUUCUUCAAGAAGUGGUUGGGUUGCACAUUUUGACACAAGAUAAGUUCCCAAAUAUAUGCAAAUGGGCUGAUGAAUUUUGCAAUGACAGCUUUGUUAAGAAACAUUUGCCCGAAAAAGAGAAAGUGACUUUUGGUUUGAAGAGGGCUUUUGAGACUGGCAGUCUCUAUUAAGAACGUCUAUCUAUAGUGGCGUGUAACGCCGUAAGUUUAUCAAUAAUCGGUAUGAUAUAAGAAUAGUUUCUUAUACAUGAUGGUUGUGUUUGUUUUUGGAAAGUAGUACCAAGUUUUUUAUUUGUACUUGAUCAAUUAUGUAUGUUUCUAAUUAAGAAGUUUCUUGAGUAA